ACAAAAUGACAAGGAAAUGGUAAUUUCCGCAAUUAACAGUUGCUUUUGAGCAACGAAAUAUAGUACAGUAUAGUUUAUUCUCUCAUCGUAUAUAAAAAAAAAUAUAAACACAUAAAAUAUUCAUUCUGAGCUUUUACAUCUUUAUCGCGCGACUUCCCGGCGAUAAAAUCAAGCGGCCGCCGGCUAUCGGAAUCCUAAAAUAUCCCGAAAGUUCAUCGGUGAUCGCCAUUCUGUUGUAUGAUUUGGGCUAGAUAAUGGCAGACAUGCCAGGUUAUUUCAGAACAUGCUUUCACACAGGGAGGCUUGCGUGUUUGGCAUUGUUAGUAGCUGGAGGGAUUGUAUUGCAAAUACUGGCAUGUGCUUUGUACAAUAACUGGUGGCCAAUGUUGACAGUUAUAAUGUAUGUCAUUCUGCCCAUGCCUUUGAUGUUCUUUGCUGGUUCAGAUACUUCCAGUCUCUACUCCGAAUCUGGAAGCUGUUGGCUAGAAGCAACUAAGUUUUUGACAGGAGCUUCCACCGUUGGCAGCAUUGCAAUUCCGAUUAUUUUAAAGCAUGCUGGUGUAAUUGGUUGGGGAGCCAUGGCAUUGGAGCUCUCCUCCUUUUUUGUUUUUGUACUGUCCAUCUUGACUUAUCUUGGGAUGAGUAGUGAAGACGAUGGAUAUAGUAUGUUCUGAGAUUGGCGUUCUGCGUCCUGCUUUAUUCGUGUGCAACAGAAUAUGGAGCCUUAACCUUGCAUACUCGCCCACAUGGUCGUCCUCUCUUGUUCUGCUUUGUAGAUAGAUAGAAGGAACGUUGUUAUCUGUAAAUUCGUGGCUGUUAUAAGCCAGAAAAUCCCGUGGGAGCUGCAUUUGAUGAUGUUUUAUACUUCUUGCGUGAUGAAUUCAUUGUUAUUGAUUGAAAUUUCGGUUGUGUAAUUGUAAAUUGAAGUGAGAGAAUGAAAGAGAUGUUCCAUUUGUGAGAAGAAUUUCAUGACAAUUUUUGUUCA